UUUCACAUCCGAAUCUAGGGUUUUUAUCCUCCUCUCCUGCCGCCGCCGCGCCGCACCACCGGCCGCUCCUCCAUCCCUUCUGCCAAUGGCGACCACUCACGCGAUCAGCAAGAAGCGGAAGUUCGUGGCGGAUGGCGUGUUCUUCGCGGAGCUUAACGAGAUGCUCACCCGCGAGCUUGCGGAGGACGGCUACUCCGGCGUCGAGGUCCGCGUCACCCCCAUGCGCACCGAGAUCAUAAUCCGCGCCACCCGCACCCAGAACGUCCUCGGCGAGAAGGGCAGGAGGAUCAGGGAACUUACUUCUGUGGUUCAGAAGCGCUUCAAUUUCCCGGAGGGCGGCGUCGAGCUCUACGCCGAGAAGGUGAAUAACCGCGGCCUCUGCGCCAUUGCCCAGGCCGAGUCACUCCGCUACAAGCUCCUCGGUGGACUCGCCGUCAGAAGGGCAUGCUAUGGUGUUCUACGGUUUGUCAUGGAGAGUGGUGCCAAGGGCUGUGAGGUUAUUGUUAGUGGCAAGCUCAGGGCCCAACGUGCUAAAUCCAUGAAGUUCAAGGAUGGGUACAUGAUCUCUUCUGGUCAUCCUGUCAACCUAUAUAUUGACUCAGCUGUGAGGCAUGUUCUCCUGAGACAGGGUGUGCUUGGUAUCAAGGUAAAGAUUAUGCUCGACUGGGAUCCAAAGGGCAAGCAAGGGCCAACCAUUCCUUUACCUGAUCUUGUUACAAUUCACCCCCCUAAGGAAGAGGAUGAGCUCUUGAGGCCCCUUGCACCAGAAAUCCCAGUUGCUUGAAGUAAAAAAGUUUAGAAUCUAUGGUUUGACCCAGUUUUGCGUUCAUGUAAUGUUCAUUAUUCAUGUUGUUGCAAGUAAAAAGCGCUUUACUUUUUAAAGUUGCAAACAGUGGCAAUCAAUAUAAUUCUUUUUGCUUCUUUUCUCACUA